AUGGCCGAGUUUGGUGGCAACCAUCACCAGGACCGCAAGAUCAUGCACGAUACCACCGCUGGCUUCCGCCAUAGCGACCAACGCUCUACCCCCCAAGACACUGCAUCGGGCAGCACUCACCACACCGCGGGACGUGGUAGCGAACAGUCAGCCACCGAUGGCGCUGCGAACGAAGACGACGACGACGAAGAAGAAGAAGACAGUAGUACUGCCAAAGACGACGAACUAGACGUUCCCGUCCCAUCCUUUGGUUUCGGCAAGGGAGGCAAAGGAAAGGGAAAGCGCCCUGGCAUCCGCAUUGAGCCUGUCGACGAUGAUGAGUCUCUCGGUGAAGACGACGAUAUUGCAUCCCUUGGGGCGGGGCUUGUACCCAACAAGCACCCAGUGAACCAGUUGCUAAUGAACAAUAAGAAGCGUACCUACAGCAAUCUCUCAAGCACUUCGGUUCUAUUUGGGGACGACUCGACCGACCAGGAGUCAUUCCCUAGACGCAAGAUUGCGCGAAAACUAAGCACCGUGGCUAGUGAGCCACUAUUAACAUAUAAAGAAAGUGACGACCAUGUGGAGGGCUACGAGAAUGCCAUCGAGAGCGACGACGAGGACUACAGCGGCGUUAAUCUCAUUCCUGAUGACGACGACGAUGACAUGGACUUCCAAGAGGAAAGUUACAUUCUUCAGGAAGAGCAGCAGGCGACUUCCCUCCUCAAUGAGUUUCGUGACGCUCGCCGACUCAGUCUUGAUAGUUGCGCAAGCGAUAACAUCUUUGGUGUCACUGCUCCACUGAACGACGCAUUCAUCUCGAGUCUCCCUGAUUUUGGCUUUGCCCAGUUUUUCGAGCCUGAAGCUCUUCCUGCAUCCCCCGAUCCAGCCGUCAAGAGAAAGUACUCAGACAGCUCUACCAAGCGUGUUCGCUUCGAUGAUGAGGUUCAAGUAUCAGAUAGCUCCAGUUCUGAAUCUUCCGAGCUCGAUAGUAGCGUCUUUCCCGAUCUCUUCUUAGAGCAAGACAAACUACCUCCAGUCUUGCAUCAAUUACUUGAGAUGGAUAAUGACGACGACAAUGGGGACAUCCAAUCUCCCAUGUCCGACGCGUCCUUCUGGGACUAUGGCCAAGAUGAGUCUCGCAUCACGCAGGCUGAUCAUUCAGACGAGUCCGAUGACGACUCGUCUCCUGGCUCAAGUGGCUAUGAUUCUGACAUGGGUGACACCACUGACGAAGAAGACUUCGGGUCUGAAGUUCCUCCACGGACCCCUAUCCAGAAGCAAUCUGUCUUACGCCGACCAUGUUCUGCACCAGGCUCUAGGGCUGCGACGCCCAAUCCAUUCCAACGGAGCUCUCGGCCAACAGGCCGCCAAAUCCCGCCCACCCGCGGCGUCUUCAUUCACGAUGAUUGCACCAAGGCUAUCGCAGUCACCAAUCGGGCCACCAAGACCUUGACCUUCUAUCGUCCACGCACGACAAUGAUUCCAUGGAUUCCACUAAACGGUUACCACAGCAGCACAAGCAGUACAGCGAACAACAGCCCUCGGAACUCGAUUGCACAAGUGAACGCCUCAGACAGUGAGGUCAGCAACGAGGUGUUCAACAAUACUCUUGGUACAGAUAUCAUGCUCACUGGUAUCUUUGGGUCUACUCCAGGAAACGACUACUACUUUGGCAAUGACAGCGUUGGGCCUCCUGAGGCCUUCUUUCCCUUCGUAAGCAUCGGAUCCAAUGGCAACAUGAACAUCAUGGAUGAGGAUGAGUAUGACGACUCCGAUGAUUACGAGGAUGAUCUCAACAUUACCGACUUCAUGGAUUUUGGCUCGUCGGGCGAGGACACCGAAUCUGAACAGGAGGACGAGAUGGACGUGCCCGCAACUCCGGCAACUACAUCGAUGGCACCUCCAAGUUCCACCCCUGCUCGACCAACCCCAGUGGCCGAGACACCUGGUAAUCGUAACAGGUCAACUUCGGAUGUCAUGCUCGAACACUUCGACCGUGGAGUUGUCACUGCCUUCCGCAACAAUCAGAACCGAUAUCGUGAUGUGGCUUCUCUCCCACAAGAUCCGGCAGUUCGAGCUUCAGUCUCUCGUCCGGUUCGUUCUGGCAAGUCUGCGGAGACGCUGAUUACGCCGCUCCGCAAGCGGUCCAGAUCCACUCGGUUGGCUAGAACUCCUCGCCCUACCGGCUCAAUCGUUGGAAAUCAAAGCUCGCCACUCUCUGGUGUCACCAAAGCUAAUUCUCGACUGCAAAACUCUGUCACGAGUCCUUCCCGUGGCCCACCUCCUCGGAUGGGUACAUUCUCAUGA